AUGGCAUACUGCUGCGCAAGCGGCUACAAUUUAUGGACCAGUGGCUAUACUCUCCCGGGCAUGUCCGAGGCAUGCUAUCGGACUUUCAAUGAUAGCACUCCUACUACCAUCGCACCGACGGCAGCAAACUUUACAACCAGCGGAGACUUGCCACUAUUUACGAGUGGGAUUAUCGCGCAUCAACCAUACACAAUUACGUGGGACAUAUCGGACACACAUACCAUGACACCGUCACUUCCACUGUUGACACAUAGCAUGCUCGUCCCUACAUGGAAACCCGGCGAGAAAGUUCCUGCGGGGAAGUACGACAGAUACGGCAGUGACAGUAUAGAUGCGCCAGACGGUGUGAAUUUGCUACCUUUAUUCCAUUUUCUUGUCAUCGGGCUUCCUCUGAUUGGAGUGGCGCUUUUAUCGUGCUGUAUUUGGUGUGGAUUCCGUGCUCGGGAUAAGACCUGGAAGAAGAGGAUGAAGCAGCAAGAGAUUGAACUCACGGCUAAAUUCGCAAAUGCGAAGCCUAAGGAACAGGAGACUACUCAGGUCGCUGAGAAUGGCAGCCAGCCGGGUAUUUAA